AGCAGCAUAAUAAUGACGUCCGUUUUGGAUCAUUGUGAAGUCACAUGAAGCGUAUUACAAUUCCCAUCUCUCUUUUGCAGAUUGUCAGUAAAAUAUUACUAUUAAACAAAGUAAUCGCGAGUUAAUCGAUAGUUUGCCGAAACGAUAAAAACAUGGACGAGGACGGUUUACCGAUUGUGGGAUCGGGAAUAGAUCUGACCAAGGUCCCAGCCAUACAACAGAGGAGAGUCGUUGCCUAUCUCAACCAGUUCAUUGUGCACACUGUUCGGUUCCUCAAUCGUUUUUCGACAGUUUGCGAAGAGAAACUUGCAUGCAUAUCUCUUCGGAUACAGCAGAUUGAAACUACCCUCAGCAUUUUGGAAGCAAAGCUAUCCUCUAUUCCUGGUUUGGAGGAUGUCAGGGUGGAGGGUGUUGGUCAGUGGCCAGCUACGGAGGUCAACGGUCCAGUCCUGGUCCCAAGUCAACCAGAGACCCCUAUAGCUGUGGCUGUGCCAUUGCAACCUCCUGAGGCCUCUCCAAACAUACCAGACCCAAGAGCAGCAGGAGACAGUAGGAUGACUGUGGCCAAGGACCCACGCUAUGCCAGAUAUCUCAAGAUGGUGCAAGUGGGUGUUCCAGUUAUGGCGAUAAAGAAUAAAAUGGUCCAGGAAGGUUUGGAUCCCAACCUGCUUGACACACCCGAUGCACCUGUGCCUGAUGCCGUCAAGAAGAACACACUAGAUCAAGAUGAUGACGGUGACGAUGGCAGUGAGUCAUCUUUCAGCGAUUGAUCUGCUGUCUAAGCCAUGAAGCUGCCUAUAGGGAACUUCCUUUCCCUGUCACCUGUGCUCCAGGCCUUUUCCAUUGUGCUGCUGCAGGGGCACAGAAGGACUAGAUGCCAGUGUGUGCUUGACAGGCAGAACUACAGUGCUACCAGACAAGUCCCACUUCUGUGGAUGAUCUCCAGGGAUGCAUGGGACUUACAAAAGCAGGCAGAUUAAGUAUCUGAAAUGCAUUGUAGAUUGAGUGAAUGUAAACGAGACGGUUGAUAAUGUCUGUAUCCAGGUCAGCCACUGAUCGUGUGGAUGUUAUAUUUUUGUUUCCAUUUCUUCUCCUGAAACAUUUGAUUGGACAUGGUGUUUCUUUAUGUCGUUUAGCAGUAAAACAGAUGGAAUGACAACCAUGGAAAGUAUCAACCAGAUAAUCGAUUAGUAAUUGAUCAUUCUUUUCUUUAGACUGCACUGGGCAAACAUGCCUCUGCCCCUUUGUCAAUAUCAUGUGAACAUUCCAAUGAAAGAGAUUGUGGGGCAGCAGGUAGCCUAGCGGUUGGGUCAGUAAGCGGAAUGUUGCUGGUUGGAGUCCCCAAGUCGAUUAGGUGAAAAAUCUUUUUGCCUUUGAGCAAGGCACUUAUUGCCCCUGUAAGUCGCUCUGGAUAAGUUUCUGCUAAAAGACAAAAAUGUAAUUGUGCUUUAGUCAUAUUUGUUUUAUUUUGACAGUGAUGUCUGCAUGUUACAACAUAUCAUCCUCUCACAAGUGUAUCUCAUGUCCAUAAUAAUGUUUGUGAGAACAUUUGAUGGGUACUAUUUUACACUACAACUGCUGUAUGAAGGAUGUCCUACAGAAAUGUUGAGGACUGUUCUCUGGCCGAUUCGUCACUUUUAAUUGAGACAUUAAGCUGUGAAAUGUAACUGUUCACUGCAGGAACAAUGUGAAGACCAAAUUAAGGAAAUUGCACUUUUGGGGAAAUGUAUCAUGUAAAAAAAACACCACUAGUUGUGAGCGAUGUGUCAAUUACAAUGGUACCGUGUAGACUAAAUUAACAGUAGUACCUAAUGGGAAUUCACCUCAAUCUUCUAAAAUGAUGCAUCUCAAUCCCAGAUUUAACCAUGUUAACAAGCCUUCCAGGCCCUUGGAUCCCACUGUUGUGAAGGCAUUAUGCCUUGGCCUUUAAGUCCAAUAGUUUUAUACUACAUCCCUUUUUAUCCAAAUGCUCAGAGAUCCAAAUCAUCUUCACAUUGUUUGUAGUCGUCUCUGGACAGAACACUGCAGUGUUUUGAUCCUGACAGGAUACAGCAAGACCCGGAGCCCAGAAGACUGUAUCCCGGAGAGGGUCUCAUGGGGGAGACAUUUUCUUUUUGAAUUAUUAUAUAAAUAAACAUCCUUGAAACCGA